UUUAAGCUUUCUCUCUAGCAAUAUACGAUGUACGUGACAGCAGUGCCAAUGAACUUGUUCCUCUUUUUCUUCAGGGCCGGAGAUUCUACUGCCCGAAUUUGGACCAUGGAUAAGCCAUCCGUCCCCAAUAUGCAAAAUGGACCUUCAAGUGUCGUAUUAAGGCAUUUUAUGGAAACACCAAACAGCGAAAGCAAAGAUGUGACGACACUUGAUUGGAAUGCUGAAGGAACACUACUUGCUACAGGUUCGAACGAUGGUCGAGUAAAGAUGUGGAGUGAACGUGGGGAUUUAAUUACUAGUUUGAAUGAGCAUAAUGGGCCGGUUUUCUCUUUAAAAUGGAACAAGAAAGGGGAUUUUCUUCUGAGUGGGAGUAGGGACAAAACUGUAAUUGUAUGGGAUGUUAAGACGGCAGAACGUAAACAACACUUCAAGUUUCACUCAGCUACUGUCCUUGAUGUUGAUUGGAGAAGCAAUUUCUCUUUCGCAACAUGCUCGAGUGAUAGCAUGAUAUAUGUUUGUAAAGUUGGAACGGACCGACCAUUGAAAACUUUUGCAGGGCAUCAGGGUGAAGUUAAUGCUAUAAAAUGGGAUCCCACUGGCUCCCUUCUAGCCUCGUGCUCUGAUGAUUUUACGGCAAAGAUAUGGACCAUGAAAGAGGACAACUGCUUGAUCAACCUAAACGAACAUACCAAAGUAUGAUCCUAAUACUAUAUAUGUCUAUUGCUCGUA